CUUCGAGUCCAAAACGGUGUUUGUGUCAAGUACAUCGAGUUAGUUCGAUUUGGAUUCUUUUGCGUGAACUUCCUAAAAAAAUCAGUGCUGCACAAAUUGAAGCGAAUUUUUUUUUCUUUCGUUCGUUCAUUUCUUUUUCGGUGCAUUACAUCAAUCGUAAAUUGAAUUAAAGAAGUACACACAUAUUUUAGUCACAAAUAAAAUCGAACGAAUUCUCUUUUUUUUUCGCUGGUAUUAAAAUAACGGGAUUAAAUCGAACGUGAAAAAAUGAACUGAAAUCAUCGUAAACUACUAAAAAAAAGAGUGAAGUUUACGUAUGAAUCGAAAAAUCUCUCAGCAAUAAGUGAAAGUGAAGAUUACCUCACGACGUACACUGCUUCGUAUCUAUGUAUUCGAUAAAGAAAAUUAUAUACGUAUAUUUAUAUUUUUAAUGGUUUUUGAACACUACACGAAGUUCAUGUCUAGUAAACAAAUCAAAUUAGUGCACUGUCCAGAAAUUAAUGCAAAAUCAACCAAAUGCUUUGGAACAUAACAGACGAAAAACUAGCAAUAUUUUUGUUCCGUCUUCAUCAAACACACAAUUUUGAAACAAUUGAAAUAAUCAAUCAUAUGGCGGAAAAAUAGAAAUCACAGGCCCAUUUUUGUGAAGUUCAUGUAUGAUGUUUCCGAUAAACGAACAGAGCAGACAAUUUUUUGUGUGAAUUCAUUGAGAAAUCAAAGAGAAAGUGAAAGUUAUCUGUGUGCGUUUAAGCACAUAUAUAGACACACAGUUCGCAUUACAUAAUAUACUACUCUUAAGAUAUAAAACAUUUUUUUUUGUCGGAUCGGUUUUAAAUUCAAAGUAAAAUAUCAACAAUAAAAAAAAAUUCGCCAAGAUAUAUGUACAUCGAAAAGUGGUAUUUUAUCACAGAGUAACACUUUGCCCAAGCGCAUUAUAUAAACACGCUUGUGGAUUUCGAAAACCUGAUUUUAGCAGACUGAAAAGACUCGAUCCGGGUUAAUUGAAGUGCAAACCAUUUCGUGAUAUUGAACUUUUUUUUCAUCAUAUUUCGGUUCCAAGAAUUUUUCUCAUUUUCUUUUUCUUUUGCGCUUACAACUUACGUUUGUAAUUAAGAGGUCAAGUGACAAAUUUUAAGUGCUAACACAUCAAAAUGACAUCGCAAUUGUUUCGAGCUCAUGGCAAAUUUUGCGCAUCACAUCCGUGGGAAGUGAUCGUUGCGUUGCUAACACUAACAGCAUGCAUGCUAUCAGUGGAUCAUGGUAAAAAUUCAACACCGUUAAACAAGAAUCAAGGUCGUGGCGAUAAGAGCGAUGGUGCAUUCAUUUCAACAAUAUUGAUGACAAUAAUUGGAUGCUGGGCGGUACUUCAUAGUUUUUAUCGAUUUUUGAAAUUAAAUAAAAUUGGUUCAAAAUAUAUACCAAUCACUGCCGGAUUGUUUAUCAUAUUUUCAAAUUUUAUCUUUACAUCGAUGAUCUUAAAUUUUCUGGGCGGUGAGGUGUCCGAUUUAAAAGAUGCACUCUUUUUCUUUUUGCUAUUGAUCGAUCUACGACGUGUAGGUGCAUUCGCACAAUUCGUUUUUAGCGGUGCAUCACAAUCGGAGGUGGUCGAUAAUAUUUCACGUGGCAUGGAAAUAUUGGGGCCAGCAUUAUCAUUAGACUCAAUCGUUACAACGCUCAUCAUUAGUGUAUGUACAUCGUCUGGAUUUUCAGAAAAACUAUGCAGUUUUGCAAUGACAUCGGUGAUUGUUAAUUAUGUUGUAUUUAUGACAUUCUAUCCGGCAUGUUUGUCAUUGAUUUCGGACUUGUCAAUGAACGGUCUUGAUAUUGGACAUGCAAAACAAAUUAGUACAGUAUUUGAAGACGAUCAAAAACCAAAUCCAGUUGCACAACGUUUGAAAAUAAUCAUGUCAACGGGAUUGAUGAUUGUUCAAUUGUGCAGUCGUUUUGUGUUUUCCGACAGUGACGCCAUUCAAGCGACAAAAUCACAUGACGUCCCAUCAAAUUCGACUGAUAAAACUGGCCUAUCCGAACACGUUAUGGAAUGGAUCAAAGUCAGUUCCGAUCAAAUUAUCAUUUUAAUUUUGUUGACAGCACUUUUGGUGAAAUUUAUGUUUUUUGAAGAGCGCAUCGAAUUGACGAGUCAAUUGAAUCAGACAUCAAAAAUCAAUUCACAAACGAUCGUAUCAAACACAGUAACCGGCAUUGCAACGCAAACGAACAAAAAAAUGCUUAAUCAGUACACACAAACCGAAAUUAUCGAAAGGAAUCGAACAAUUAGCACACAUUCAAUAGAUAGCGAAUCAGAGGACAGCGGCGAUGAAGAUAUCACAAUUGAACCACGAACAAUCGAAGAAUGCCAGGAAAUAUUGAAUACACACGGCGGUAGCCAAUUGACGGAUAGCGAACUGAUUGCCUUAGUUCGGGCUGGUCAUUGUCCAUUGUACAAAAUUGAAACAUACUGCGACAAUCCAACACGAGGUGUCAAAAUUCGCCGCAAGGUCAUUGCCGACAAUGCAAACUUACCGAUCGAAAAAUUGAGUAAUUUACCAUACAAACAUUUCGAUUACACCAAGGUAAUGAAUGUUUGUUGUGAAAAUGUGAUGGGCUACGUUCAAAUACCAGUUGGUUAUGCCGGUCCAUUAACAUUAGACGAUAAAAAGUAUUUCGUUCCGAUGGCAACCACAGAAGGUGCACUAGUCGCAAGUACGAAUCGUGGAUGUAAAGUUAUUUCAAUUCAUGGUGUAACCAGUUUUGUUGAAGAUAUUGGUAUGACGCGUGCCCCAUGCAUUCGAUUCCCAAAUGUACAUCGGGCUUCGGUAGCUAAAAAAUGGAUUGACGCAGCCGAAAAUUUCCAAAACAUUAAAACUGCGUUUGAUUCAACGAGCCGAUUUGCGCGUCUACAAGAAAUUCUCAUCAAUAUUGAUGGACCACAAUUGUAUGUACGAUUUCGUGCAUUGACUGGUGACGCAAUGGGAAUGAAUAUGGUAUCAAAAGGUUGCGAAAAUGCAUUACGUUACAUUAAAUGCUCCUUCCCCGACAUGACGAUUAUUAGUUUGAGUGGAAACUUCUGUUCGGACAAAAAACCAGCCGCUAUUAAUUGGAUAAAAGGUCGCGGAAAACGAGUUGUAUGCGAAUCAAUUGUAGCAGCUAGCGACUUGAGAAAAAUUCUUAAAACAGAUGCCAAAACAUUGGUGCAAUGUAAUAAACUAAAGAAUAUGGCUGGAUCAGCGAUGGCCGGCAGUAUUGGUGGCAAUAAUGCGCAUGCAGCAAAUAUGGUGACAGCAAUUUUCAUUGCGUGCGGUCAAGAUCCUGCACAAAAUGUAACGAGCAGCAAUUGUUCAACGAGCAUGGAGUUAUGCGGUGAUAAUAAUGACGAUUUAUAUCUAACAUGUACAAUGCCCUCAUUAGAAGUCGGAACAGUUGGCGGUGGAACUGGUUUACCGGGUCAAAGUUCGUGUCUGGAUAUGUUAGGAAUUCGUGGUGCACAUCCAACAACGCCCGCCGACAAUUCAAAAACGCUGGCCAAAAUUGUGUGCGCCACUGUAAUGGCUGGUGAAUUGUCGUUAAUGGCUGCGUUAGUAAAUUCUGACCUCGUUCAAAGUCACAUGAAGCAUAAUCGAACGUCGGUUGCAUCAGCGAUGAAUCAAACAGCAAACAGCAACAUUAGUAGUAAUUCAUCGUCAAGUCCAUCAACAGUGUCGCCGCCAUCGUCAUCAGCGUCGUCAAGCGCUCAGUAACAUUAGAUUUGUAAUUUUUUUUUUGGUUCAAAUUCGAAACCUGUCUUUGACUUAUACAAAAAUUUACACAUAAAUAAUGUUCAAGCCAUGUUAUUUAAACUAUAAAAUCACACAUACACACAAAAAAAAACAUUAUGUAUUCUAAAGCGUUCUUUCUUCCUAGUGAAGGAAUACAUCAGCUUUUAAAUAGUCUAUAUGCAAAUUGUUAUAAUUUUAUUAUUGCCUUAUGCUAUGUACAUGUUCAGAUGAAUGAAAAAGGAGAGGGAAGAAACUUUUUCUUUCUGUCUCCCUCUCUAUUUCUCCAGUAGUAGUAUAUAUAUAUUUUUAAAUUAAUGUUAUCUUAAUAUUUAAGAAAACCUACAGAUUUUAUGAGUGUUGCCAAUACAACAUAGACCAAUACCAAUAUAUGUAUAUCUAUUACGCAAAAUACA